AUGCUUAUUAAAUACAAUUUCUUGUUCUGUCAAUUUCUCUCUCAUCUCUCUUUCUCUCUCUCACUCUCACACUCUCAUCUCUCUCUCUCACACUCUCAUCUCUCUCUCUCACACUCUCAUCUCUCUCUCUCACACUCUCAUCUCUCUCUCUCACACUCUCAUCUCUCUCACACUCUCAUCUCUCUUUCUCUCUCUCUCUCUCACACACUCUCAUCUCUCUUUCUCUCUCUCUCUCAUACACUCUCAUCUCUCUUUCUCACUCUCACACACUCUUUCUCACUCUCUCUCUCACACACUCUCCCUUUUUUCUCACACACUCUCCCUUUUUUUCCCUCGAACAUUUCUCUCUCUAUGCUCUCUCUCUCUCUCUCUCUCAUUUCUUUACCUCUUGGUCCUUUCUUUCCCUUAGCUAUUUCUCUCUCUCUCUCUCUGCCCUUCCGCCUUCUAUCUCUCGGCCCUUUCUCCACCUCCUCUCUCUCUUUCUCUCUCUCGGUUCUUUCUCCCCUCCUCUCUCUCUAUUCUCUCACUACUGAAAAAAAAAAGUAG